AUGGUGUUUGCGGGGACUGGAAUAAACAUCACCACGGAAGGGCGCAAACACCUCGGCGCGGCAUUCGGACAGAAGUGUUAUCUAGAGAAGUAUGCGGACAGCAAAAUAAAGGGGUGGAUCAGCGAAGUAACCUUACUAGCAAAGUUUGCACCCUCUGAACCGCAAGCUUGCUAUGCAUCCUUUACAUUCGGGUUGAGGCAUAUGUAGAGUAGACUUUGGAGAGUAGAGUAGAGUAGAGUAGAGUAGUUUUUAUUAUAGAGGGUAACAUUUGACAGUAAUAAUUAAACUGAUAACUUAAUUCAUCAGGACCAUGCCAGAUAUUGAAGAUCUUCUGAAACCACUCGAGUGUGCUAUCUCAGAUGUCCUCAUACCGCCACUAACAGAACAUAACUGCUCUGUGGCUGUACGAAAACUGCUAGUACUUGCUGCCCAUAUAGGACGCUUGGGGAUGACAAACUCAUCUAAAAGUGGGGAGUCAGAGUAU